UUGCAGAUUCGUGUCCCUGUUGUGCCCUCGGGCAACUGUAUUGUCUGGGAAUUUGCCACAGACAACUACGAUAUUGGAUUUGGUCUCUUUUUUGAAUGGGUAAAGCCAUCCAGUCCGGCGCCCGGUGAAAAAGCUUCCUGGAAAAUUAUGGAGGGCUCAUCCCAGCCUCUUGACGCAUCCUCUCAAACUUACUCCUCUUCUUUUUUUCAAACAGCACCUCCUCCUGACCAGUCGCAAACUCCGUGCAAAGUUUUCGUUGAGGAGGUCAUCCCCAUCUACCGCCGAUCCAGCAACACGGAGGUGUACUGUGGGUCGCAUGCCUAUCCCGGCAACGGAACAUACUUGCUCAAAUUUGACAACACUUACUCUCUCUGGCGGUCAAAGAUGCUCUACUAUCGCGUCUACUCCACCAAAUGA